AUGGAAGAACAGGAGCAUGAAAGCUCUGGUGCAGCUCCCUCGGCGCGGGAUCACAGUGUCGAGACGGUGAAGCCUGCCCCCCUCCCUGAGAGACAGUUAGCAACGCCCCCGCCUGGACCAGAGCUGGCUAGUGAUGCCAACGACGCUGAUUAUUCCGCCGCUGCUGAUACUGAGGAUGCGGAAGAGACUUCAACAAGCAAAGAGGACCUCGAAGAUCGCUCUCGGGCCGAGACUCGUCAAGCACCGGAGCCUGAGAGAAAGAGGGAGGCUAGCGACAAGGGUGAACCGGACGACGGAGAGGAGAGUGACGAACAAGAGGAAGAGGAAGAGAUUGACCCCGAAAUCAAACGUAGGAUGGAGCUCAGGGAAAGAAUGGCCAAGAUGAGCGGCGGUAUGGGUAUGAUGGGGUUCUUUGGUCCUCCUGGUGGGAUGUCUGUUCCGGCCGCAGGACCUCGCAAAACAAAGGCGGCUACGGAGACAGAGAAAAAGACGGAAGAGUCAGAUCGGGCUGCUCCAGCAGCGGCACCACCAGUCCCCGUGAUGGCAUUGCCGGGAAUGAACACUGCUAGACCAACAGCGGCUUCUCCGAGCGUAGAGAAGGAAGAGGAAGUGCCUCAGUCUGCUUCCCUCAUCGAACAGCAUCCUCCUCAGGAAAUUCCUGAUGUAGAGGACGUCGUGGAGGAGGAGCCUUCUCGUCGCACUCCUGAUGACAGGCCGGCCGCACCUCAGGAGCGUCCAGUACCCCCGCCUCCGCCGAGAGAAACGCGACCCGCCCCGCCUCCAAUUCCUCAGGACCGGCCACUGUCUCCACCGGCUGUUCCAGGUGGAGAAUCUCGACCUGUCCCUCCUCCUCCGAAAACUCCCGCUUCUGCUGAUCUCGGUGAGGAGUCGGACGACGAACUUUCUGUACGUGCUAAGGAUCUCUCUUUGAAUGCCACCGAAGCGGAACAGGAACAGCCUGCAGCUGCUCCGUCGGUUCCGGCUCCUCCCCUUCCUGACCAUCUCGAUUCGCGGCGCUCCUCAACCUACGACCCGACUUCUCCAAAGUCUCCUACUCUUCCCUCGGAGAAGAGAUUGAGUCGCGCGCCUCCGCCAAUCCCGACAAAUCCACCGAUGUCACCACAGUCCCAGGGCAGGGCUCCUCCUCCGCCACCUCCUGGCAACAUCCGCCGUAGAUCAACUGUCGAUAGCAGAGCAAGCGCAGUCUCGCAACCUCGCCAAGCUGGUGAAGAACUCGAAGGAGAAGUCACGGAGUAUGAUGGGGACUACGAUACGGAUAUCGCAUCUGGGGCCAAAUUCAAAGAUGCCUUAAAAUCUCAUGGCCGCGAUUCUAGCUUUGACGAAGGUACUAUAACCGAUGAUCAUUCUCUUCAGUCUCCACGAAGCCCUCAAGAGGCCCGCCUUCCUCCUCCGCCACCUCCUUCUGCACCCAGAGCCGUUCCACCGCCUCCACCCAUCCAGCCACCGAAGAGCAGCGGAGGCGCUUCUCUUGAGUCUCCUAGAGGACCUCCGCCGCCGCCUCCUCACCGAGAGCUGUCUUUCGGAGGGGAAGAAGAAUAUGAUCCAUACCGCUAUUCUGCCCCUCAGCAUGGCUUGCCCGCACCGAGAGUACCACCUGUGCCUCUUGGCCGCCCAGAUUCGCCCCCGGCGGCUCCUUCACAGGCUGCUGAAGAUGAUUCUGAAGACAUGUACGACGCGUCUCCCGUGCAAAGCCCUUCGGAGAGACCAGCAGCUCCGCCUCUGGAAAAGAGAGCGUCUUAUGUGCCCCCUCCCACUCUGCCGCCUAGCGCGCCACCACCGUCGGCCCCACGAAGUAAUCGCGCAUCUUUAGACAUUCCUAGGGGCCAGCCUAAUCUGCGGAGAUCUAUGGAUGCGUCUCGUCCGUCCAUUGAUCAAGGCUUUAUUGCUAUGGAUGUGGAUCUGGCAGAAGGCUCUCUCUGGUGGGCACAGCCUAACACCCCUCCGCCUGUUUUCCAAAAUCGGAAGGAUGUUCUUUUUGAAGUGGAGGAGUCCACUUCCACCAAGCGGGGCGGAAAGACCACGAUUUCCAAAGACGUCUAUGUCCUGUUCAUGGAUUAUUCGCAGACUGUGAUCACAGUGACAUUUGAUGCCCGAAAUCCUUCGGAUGUGUCCUUGGAGCAACGUCACGAACCUCCGCCACUACAGCCGCGCCAGGACCAGCUUGAGAAUGCGCAUACGCAAUUCGGUACACGUAUCUCCAAUGCUGUGAAUGCUAUUCAGAAUACAACUGUCUCAGAUGGUACCCCGUUUGGCUUGGUCCAGCAUUUGCUUAGUCCAUUGAAAGAUGCACUCCUCCCUGUCGGUACACGCGCCUUUGGUGCCCUGGUUUAUGCAAAUUUGGCCAAUGCAUCGGUGCAACAGAAUGACGAGAUCCGAGCUGGAGACAUCGUCACUUUUCGCAACGCGCGGUUCCAAGGCCACCGAGGCACGAUGCACCAGAAAUACAAUGCUGAAGUCGGUAAACCGGAUCAUGUCGGUAUUGUCGUUGACUGGGAUGGUACCAAGAAGAAGAUCCGCGCGUGGGAACAAGGCAGAGAAAGCAAAAGGGUGAAGGUAGAGAGCUUCAAGCUCAAUGAUCUGCGAAGUGGAGAAUGCAAGGUGUGGCGAGUUAUGCCUCGAACCUGGGUGGGCUGGCAGAGUUGA